AUAACCAACGUGUUUGACCGAACCAAUUUCAUCAUCGAGAGCAUGAGACAAUGGCCCAAGGUGUACCAGACAAACCUGCCCGGAACCAGACCCUUCAAGUCCCGGGUCCGGUUCCAGAUUAGACUCCAGGACUUCAGGGACUCCAUCAACCCUCUGGAGACGCAGGUGACCAGGGUGGUGUCCUGGUACAAUAACGCCAACCGGCUGCUGCUGAAGGCUCUCUCGAACACUAUCAAUAAGGCGGAUGUUUCCUCGUUGUGGAGAAUCUUAAUCUCCUACAAGAACGUGAUGAAGAGCGAGGAGCAGUUUGGCAUCAGUCUGGUGUACGGAGCAGCUUACUUCCUCAAGGGAAAACUCGACCAACCAAGCUACCUGACAUGGGUGGAGGCGACAUCCCAGGCUUGGCAUUGGCUCAACCAAACUCGGGCCCUCUCUGAAAGAGCCAGCCGCCUCCUGUACGAGAAGAUCAUGAGGAACAAAGCAACUGCCGUCACGUACAGGUUUGUUGGGACUGACAACGACUUCACUUACAGAAGUGAGAUCAUCGGUAACAACCAGGGGACGGGAUCCCUGGAGAUGGCUGACAGGUACAUGCAGGAGACCGCUGGCUUCAUCGACUCUAUUCGAGAAGUAGAGGCGCUGUUGGUGGGUGACAUCAGGACCGCCAUCGAGGACCAGAUGACACUUGCCGACAGUCAGUACAACCUGGCGCUGGCGGUGUUGGUGCUGGUGUUGAUCAUCUCGCCCAUUAUCAUUCUGCUAGUCCGCCGCGCCACAAACCUCAUCCACGUGUACGCCAUCGACCUGAUUGCCAAGUCCACCGAUGUGAAGAAGGAGAAGCGCAAAAGUGACAAUCUCGUGUACCAGUUGCUGCCCCGCUCCGUGGCCCACUACCUGAAGCAGUCCAAGCAGGUUCCAGCUGAGUACUUCGAGUCAGUCACGAUCUACCUGAGUGACAUUGUUGGCUUCACUCGUAUCUCCUCGGAAAGUAGUCCCCUACAGGUGGUGUUGCUUCUGAACACUCUCUACAAACAAUUUGACUCCUGCAUCGAGAAGUAUGACGUGUACAAGAUGGAGACGAUCGGGGACGCUUACAUGGUGGUUUCUGGUUUGCCAAACAGGAAUGGAGAGCGUCACGCUAUAGAGAUAGCAGAGAUGUCGCUACAACUUCUGGAUGUGGUGUCAAAGUUUGAGUUAUUGCACAAGAAGGGCGAGAAGCUGCAGGUCAGGAUCGGCGUCCACUCGGGAACCUGCGUCGCCGGUGUGGUUGGCACCAAGAUGCCUCGCUACUGCAUGUUCGGCAAAACCAUCACAUCGGCUCACUUCAUGGAGAGCAGCGGCAUGCCCAUGAAGAUACACAUCAGCGAGACCACCUACAAGAUCUUGGUGCUGACGGGUCGUUACAAUAUUGAGUUUCACAAGCGCCUUCAGGUGAUCAGCAAGUACCGUGUGCAGAAUGGCCAGGAAGAGAAUAUGGACACCUACUGGCUGAUGGGACAUGUCAAGUCCACAGAACAACCGACGCCAUCUGCCUCCAAACACGAGGACGAGAUGCCAGCCUUCUUGCAGUACUUCGCCGACUCAGAAACCACUCGAUCACAGCAACCCAAGACAACGACCAAUUUCUAAUGCGUUAAAAUCUGGUGCUUGCUGUGUUAAUGCAUCACUCAGGAACACCACGCUGCCUACACGUUCCUCUCUUCCUAUCAGAGACUAUCCACAGACUCACUGGCCAGUUCCCAUCACUAUUUUGAGCAGUGAACUAUUAAGAAUUGUUAGUGAUUAAGAUGACUGAGUCACUAAGAAUCAAAUAUGAAAAGUUGA